GGUAAGUAUAAAACUAACAAAUUAAACACACUAUUCAAAUAAUAUGGAAGAAUAUAUACUGUAGUCCGUAGGUACAAUAUUUAAAGAAAAGAAAAGCGUCGAUAGUGUUGUUUAUAAAUCGGCGACAAAAUAUGAAGACCGCGCUCGCAGCGAGCGGCGAACGCGCGCCGCUGCUGCCAGUCCGAGCGCGGCGUCCGACCUGUCGCCUCGCUCCCCGGCCGCUCCGCUGCUGCUCCCGCACCACCCGCACCCACACCGACAUGCCCGGCGACGCGGAGGCGGAAGGCGCGGGCGGGACGCGCGGCUGGGCGCGGCGCUGGUGGCGCGCGCUGGUGGCCGAGCUGCUGGCCACGGCGCUGCUGGUGCUGCUGGGCGUGGCGUCGCUGCUGCCGGCGGGCGGCGCGGCGCCGCCGCUGGCGCACCCCGCCUGGGCGUUCGGCUUCGUGGUGCUGCUCAACGUGGAGGCGUUCGGGCCGGCGUCGGGCGCGCACAUGAACCCCGCCGUGUCGCUGGCGGCGCUGCUGACGGGCCGCCUGCCCGCGCUCGCCGCCGCCGCCUACGUGGUGGCGCAGCUGGCGGGCGCGCUGCUGGGCGCGGGCGCGCUGGCGCUGCUGGCGCCGGCCGCGUUCCGCGAGGGCGCCGGCGUCACGCUGCCGAACGGCGUGGGCCCAGCGGCGGCGGCGGCGGUGGAGGCGCUGCUGACGGGCGCGCUGGCGCUGCUGUGCUGCGCGCUGUGGGCGGCGCACGAGGCGGGCCGCGAGGACCCCGCGCUCUCCGUCAAGUUCGGCCUCACCGUCGCCGGCCUGGUGUUCGCGGGCGGCGCCAUGACGGGCGCCAGCCUGAACCCGGCGCGCAGCUUCGCGCCCGCGCUGCUGCAGAACUGCUUCCAGCAUCACUGGGUGUACUGGGUGGGGCCGCUGGGCGGCGCCGCGGCGGCCGCGCUGCUGCACCGCUUCGUGCUGCUGCCGCCCGCGCCGCGCGCCCCGCGCGCCGCGCGCGCCGAGGACCUGCCGCUGCACGACAAGCGCGACCACUGACCGCACCCUGCCACUACACUGCUGCACAAACCUCCUACUAACGACAGUUCUGUUCAAAUCAUGUAACUCCUUCGGCGGCAGAGUGGCGCCCUUCGCCGGAACACGAGGCCGGUUUCAAGUGAACCACCAAGUUUUCUUAAAAUGGUUAUGUCUUUACGCUACGCUAAGCCACGGACGCGCGACGCGCGGCGCCACAGCGGCUCCCGCAACAACUCCCGUUGCGCGUCGCGUGCCCGGACUCAGUCCUUACAGGGUACGAGCUGGAUUGUGUAUAUUCCAGUCUCCAGUCGUUGUUAUGAGAUUCGUAAUAAUUAUUAUUAAUUGUAAUAUUCUUGUUUCUGUUAUUAUGUAAAAUUUUAUACCUAAUUAUAAUAAUUAUCUAUUAAGAAAUUGUAAGUAAUUUUUCAAAUGUGACACUUUUAUUGUU